AUGAUUGACAGGAUCAAGUGCAUCGCUUUUCGUGAAGCUCGCGAUGCUGGUUCAACAUUUAUAAAUAGACAAUGGAUUGCGGACAAAAUUCAUCGCACAACUCGAUUUGUCUCGGAGGUUUGGGAAAAAUCAUAUGAUCAAUGCUUUGCUGAUUAUUCAAAUGUUGGUGCUAAACCUAAAUUAUCAGAAGCUAGUCGAGAAAUUAUUCAAAAGCAAAAAGAAUAUGCCACCGGAAGAACAAUUAAUAAUUACCGUCACAGAGAAGGAUUAAAACCGUUUCAUGUUAUUCCAAAACCGUUAAAAUCUGAAACUCAUAUAUCAGAUCGAUUAUGGCUCUGUGACUGGUUAAAAGAUUGGACUGUAGAAGAUUUUCUUCAUCUGGCACCAUCUGAUGAAUUUUAUAUUUCGACUGUCCGUCGACCAAAUUAUCAGAAUGAUAGGAUCUGGGCGAAAAGUAUUGAAGACGUUACUGAAGAUGAAAGAUAUCGUGAAAUGGUAAAAAACCAAUCAUGUGUUGGAGUUUUUAUAAUGUUUACUUGCAAAAGAUUACUAUGGAUUAUCAAAGAUAAAGGGGAAUCUUGGACAGGUCAAUAUUUUCGCGAUAUUGUUUUGAUUGAAAAUGUAAUUCCUUUCUUAAAAAAUGAAGAAAAUGUUAUUGAUCCUGAUGAAGUUAUAUUUGUUCACGAUAAAGCACCGUGUAUGCGAGCAAAUAAAACUCAACAUUUGCUCCAAGACAACGAUGUCAAAUUUUGGGGUAAUGAUAUCUGGCCAGGAAAUUCACCUGAUCUCAAUGUGGCAGAACACAUCGGAUCAAUAAUCAAAGAUGAAGUUGAAAAAAAAAUGUCAUCGGAAAGUGGACAUAAUCGAUAUCUUGAAGAAACGCUCAAAAUGCACGUCGCAAAUGUUUUAGCAAGCAUGGAAGAAGAUACUGAACUAUUUGAAACUCUUCUAUGCUCAUAUCCAUCUCGAUUUCGUGCUGUAAAAAAUGCUAAUGGUCGUCACACAGAUUAUUGA